AUGGCUAAUACCUCUUCAUCUCCUUCCAAUGUCAGUAAGGGCUUCAUCAUGGCUAAUAUCUCUUCAUCUCUUUCUACGGUUCCGGUCGAGCCUGUCAAUCAGAAGUUGAGUGGCGACUUUUUUAUUCGACCCCAUUUAAGAAAGUUGCCUCCUUAUCAACCCAUUUUACCAUUUGAGGUAACUGGAAUAAUAUCCAUAUCAGUAUUCUUUUGCUGGUUUUUAUUUCUUAAUCAGUGUUGUGGGUUUGCGUCUUUGUUUUAUAGGUUUUGUCGGCUAAACUGGGAAGGAAGCCCGAACAUCAUCAAAUUAGAUGCAAAUGAAAAUCCUUAUGGUCCACCUCCGGAGGUUCUUGAGGCUUUGGGGUCGUUGAAAUUCCCGUAUAUCUAUCCUGACCCUGAAUCUCGUCAAUUGCGUGCUGCCCUUGCUGAAGAUUCGGGUAUUGGAUCUGAUUAUAUUCUUGUCGGUUGUGGCUGCAAUGAACUUAUUAAUCUGAUCAUGCGAUGUGUGCUUGAUCCUGGGGACAAGAUAUUGGAUUGCCCUCCAACCUUCACAAUGUAUGAAUUUGAUGCUGGUGUUAACGCAGCACAAGUUAUCAAAGUUCCUAGGAAGCCAGACUUCAGCUUGAACGUAGAAGCAAUUGCCGAGGCUGUUGAGUGGGAAAAACCAAAAUGCACAUUUCUAACUUCUCCCAAUAAUCCAGAUGGAAGUAUAAUUAGUGAUGAAGUUCUCUUGAAGAUCCUUGAAAUGCCAAUAUUGGUGGUGCUGGAUGAAGCUUACAUUGAGUUUUCAGGAAUUGAAUCUAGAAUGCAAUGGGUGAAAUUCUUGAAUUUUUGUAGUGCUCUUGCCUUCUCCUUUUGUCGUUACCGUUUAGCUGGGAUUCAUGUCGGAUAUGGCUCAUUUCCUUUGAGCAUAAUUGAGUAUUUGUGGAGAGCAAAGCAACCAUACAAUGUUCCUGUCGCUGCUGAAGUUGCUGCAUGUGCUGCAUUGCAGAACCCAAAGUAUCUAGAGGUUCCUACUGUUCCUUUUGCCCUUUUCGGUUCGAAAUAUGACUUUGGUCUUAUGGUGAAAGAAGCUUUGGUAGCAGAACGGGAACGCCUUUUUGAACUUCUGAAUGAAGUACCAUUUCUGAAUCCAUAUCCUAGCCAUUCUAACUUCAUUCUAUGUGAGUUGACAUCUGGGAUAGAUGCUAAGAAAUUGAAGGAGGACCUGUCAAAAACCGGCGUGAUGGUCCGUCACUAUGACAACAAAGAGUUGAAGGGUUACAUCCGUGUGACUGCAGGGAAGCCUGACCACACAAAUGCUUUAAUGGACUGCUUGAGGAGUCUAUCUUGA